AUAAAAGUAAAAAAACAUGCUGUUCUGUAUGUAGCCGACCUGUCAAACGUUCUGGUUGACUGUGCACAUUGUGCUGGACCGUGCAGGUGCUGAAGGGUAUGUUUCAGGAUAAAGUGAAGAAGCGUGUCAAACGGAUAACUUAUGGAAAAUCUGCAACGACCAAGAUCUAAGUUACGUCUGCUGAGGAUGGUGAUAUACUCAUAUUAUGUCAAGACUAAAAUGACUAAAUAGUAAAAGAAUAAUUUUCUGUGUGGUGUUUAGUUUGAAUCUUCAAAUUGAGUCAAAAUGCCUUGGGAAAAUGAAGAACGUCAGAGUACAACUCCUGGGAUUCCUGAUGAUUGCAUGAAUGAAGCAUUCUCAGAUUCCCACACUACUGAGUUGUCAUUCCAUUCUGUGUCAAACGUGGUUGAUUCUACGUCGAUUCUGCCAGGAGAUGUCUCCGACUCGGAAAAUUACAUUCGGACGCGUAGUUAUUCGGCGAAUAAUAGUCCUGAGAAAGAACGAAAACAUUACGCGAGGAGGCCACUGACACCGCAAGUAACAAAAACGCCGAGAGAAAAAAGAUCAUAUGCCAAUGGGCCGGGGAAAUUUAGUCAGCGUUGUAUAAAUCAUUAUAAUCGUACCGACUUUAAACGUGGCGGUGAGAAUACUGAGGGAGGAACGCACGCUGCAAAUCUUGAGGAUGAGGAUGCAUCAGAUAUCAAACCAGAGCCACAACAACUGCCACAUUUCUCAUUUAGAAAUUUUGAACGAAAGAAAAAGAUAUUGGCUGCCAGUUUAGCUUUAACAAACUUUGCGGCAAUGUUCUGUCUGUCCGUGAUGGCGCCAUUCUUCCCCCAGCUGGCGAGGACCGUGGGAGUGAGUGGUACCAUCUCUGGUUGGAUUUUCGGUGUGUUUGCCCUCGUCCAGUUCCUGACAUCGCCAUUAUUUGGGAAGCUGGUGCCUAGGGUUGGUGCUUGGCUCCUCUAUCAGGCGGGGCUGUUCUUGGCUGCGGGAUGCACAGUGCUUUUUGGCUUUGUAAGUUACAUCCCAAGAGAUGAUGGUGGAACGGUAUUCGUUGUGUUCUGUUUCAUGCUGAGGAUCUUCAUGGCACUUGGCUGUACAGCCUUGGCAACGGCGUCAUUCGCUAUCACUGGUCAUGAGUUUGCUGAUUAUGCCUCGAUAAUGUUCGGCAUUCUUGAGACAUUCGCUGGUGUCGGCUUGAUGGUUGGUCCAGCGAUUGGAGGAUUCUUAUAUGCUGCCUGGGGAUUCCCACUUCCAUUCAUUGUGAUUGGUGUUGUCAUGUUCCUAAUUUUGAUUCUCAAUUGGAUCCUUUUACCCGGCGGAAUUGAAGAUGCUGGUUUAGAUGUUAAAAGUACACCCGUGAUAAAACUUCUUCGUAUUCCUUCCAUCCUACUAGUGUGUCUCUCGCUUGUUGUCAGCGCAAGUAUCUGGGCCAUAUUGGAUCCAAUUUUAGAACCGCAUUUACAAGAGUUUCAGCUCGGCUCCGAGUUGCUUGGUCUGCUGUUUCUGCUGAUGUCAGCAAGUUAUGCCAUAUCAUCACCUUUGUGGGGUUGGUUGUCCGAGAAAACGCCCGACAGUAAAAUUGUGGUCGUGAUUGGUUUCAUAGGAUCUGGCUUCAGUCUGUUCCUACUGGCCCCGUCACCACUCCUUGGUUUUGCCGAAGGAGAGAACAUUCUCUGGUUAAAUAUUGUGGCUCUCUUGUUUCUUGGUGUCACUAUCAGUAUGGCCGUCAUUCCAACAUUUGAAAGUGUCCUCGAUUCUGCAGAAUUGGCUGGUCUUGAGGAUAAUAUGGGUACAUAUGCCACAGUCGCAGGACUUUGGGGUUCAAUGUAUGCCUUGGGUGACUUUGUUGGGCCAGUUCUUGGAGGAUUAUUAGAAGAUGCUAUUGGUUUCCAGUGGUCAAUAACGUACAUGGGGAUAGGCAGCCUAGCAACGGGCAUUAUAAUACUUGUACUGUAUUUGUACGAGUUGAAAUUUGGACGAAUUGGUGCAUUAAAAGUAGGAGAUAAUGCAAGUGGUAGUGAUUCAUUGGAGAACCGUCUAUCGGAUGAUUCAGAUGGUAUGAAAGCACCUCUUCUAGUUGAUGAGAGGGCAAAUGGGAAUGUUGUCGAAGUGUAAUGGUCUCCAAUGACGACGACUGUGAUCUGCUGUGCUGUAAGAUAGUGGUGCUGAAAGACGUAAAGGAGCGAGUUCAGUUGUCCUGAUUGAUUCUAAAACACCUGGAUUACAAUGAACCACAGUUUACAGUGUAUAAUGUACUACAUGUAUCCACCGUUUUGACUGCAGCAGUUGGGCAACCACAACCUCUUGGGUUGGUCCAAAAUAUGGGAACUGUCAAAAUUGCAUUUCAUUGUUCAGUUCGAAGUGUUUUAGAAUAGCAAUUGAUACCUUACUGUUGGUAUUGUUUGUCUCUCCAAACAGCACCUAGAUGGAGCUGUCUUUUAGCCCAAAACCUUGGCUGGCAGCCCGGUUUUGGCCUUGAAUGUUAGCUCAACACUCACAGUAUCUGAUGAGACAACCAAUACUGACAGUAAGGUAUUAAUUCCUUAACCCUUUAAGGACUAGGCCUAAAGGUAUUUUGAUGAUCACUCCGGUCCGACAAUGUUGUGAUAAAUAAAAAAUGUACAGCAUAGAAUCUGGGGAAUCCCCUCCGUGUGUUUCUAAAACACCGACUAGGCCAUUUGAUGCAGCCGGAACGAAAUUCUAACGUGUACUCUAUAGCUCGCACAGAUGCGAGAUCUGGCCAUAACAACGGAAAUUGGUUGCUCACAGCAGUGCGAGAGCAGUCCUUAAAGGGUUAAACCUAAGUCAUGAUUAUUAUUUUAGAUUAUUUUUACUAGUAUUCUGGUCACAUCUGACACACCGGUAACGUUAUUUGCUCAUGUUUGCUACCAAAAUGCAAGGAUGGACAAGCAGCUUGAUAUGCAUCCCUCUAGUCUGCUCUAUAAUCUGAUGUCUACUCCAGCAUGAUGUUACAGAAUGCAUCAAUGGAGGACAUUUCAUAUCAGAAGAAAGCUCCGAGAUUUUUUAUAUCAUUAUCAAGAGAAUAAUUAUUUUCAAAUAAUAAGCCUAUUCUAAACCACAGGCCAUUGAAUCAAGGGUCAGUAAGGGUCAAUAAAAGAUUGUAAAAUGUCCAUGGAGGGUUAGGGCAGAAAAAAGAGAAGAAAUCGAUAGGCCACUGAAAGGUAAGACACUUUUAUCACUUCACAGGUAUCCCCCCCCAGUACAUCAGUGCACUACACCAUGUACAGGGAGGCCAACUUGUGAAGUAUUUUUGAGACCUCUUUGGAUUUCGUGAUCCCUCUUCUGCCUGAACCCUUUUGCAAUGUGUUGACUCCUUACUGACUCUUGUUUAAGUGACCUGCUUGAUCAAGCUAAUUUCUCUUGUAUGAUUGCAGGUGAUCAGGUUUGGUACAUUCAAGUGCGUUUUAUCGUUCGUUGACCUACUUGUAAAUAAAUAACAAACAAACAGAUCAAAUGCGAAAAUCUUCGUUCGAUGUGAUCUCAGGUUACGCUAACUUGGAAUACAGCCACCUUCCACUUUAUUCGUGCUAUUUAGCUCAAAUUAUAAUCAAAAUGUAAUCGCCACUACAGCGCCCCUUUUAUCCAGUCAGUGAACUACCGGUACGGCAUUAUGGGUUGGCAGCCUGUUGCAGUCAUGCAAACCCCCCAGAAAGCCCACCACCAGGCGUAGAGGAGGCCGGUCCACUGCUUGCGAAGUGUGUGCAGUGGUAGCCCGGUGUGUAUCGUCUCUCAUCCGUGACGAUCUAGCAUGCAGGUUUGGAUUGAGGAUUAUGACCAUCAUCAAGAAAGGGAAGAUAACUCUUCUUUUCGUCUUCUAAUUCUUGUAUUGAAUGCAUAUCAAGUGAUGGUAAAACUGGAAAAUACAAACAGUAACAGUCUAGGCACAACCAAGAGUCACACUCUUGUGAAGACAAUGUAAGGUGCUGCCACCUACACUAAGCUCAAUACACUAAUACACCUGUACACAAUAGACGGAUCGGGCAGAAAAUGCAUGCUGCAUACCGUCUGCAGACUGGGGGUUUUCUCAUGAGUUAAUAGAAUCUAAGGUUUGGAAUUAGGGGAUCAUAUCAGUAGUUGCGUUGCGCCAACUUUUUUUCAAAGUUUGUUUUCUUAUAUUUGAAUUACCUGUGAAUCAUCUUGCAGGAAGAUUUUUUUUGGGUGUGCACGACAGAUGACGUACUUAUACGGAACAUGUAUAUUGUAUCGGCCUGUUGUGCCUCGUGCGCCUGGUUGAUUGGCAGGCAAGGUUGGGUUCGUUUCAAAGGCAGCAUUUCAUGAUAAAAAGUGCUGAAUGACAUGGGUAAAUAUAAUUAGAGAUAACAGAAUGAAGAAACCCAGGGAACAGAAAACCAUUGUAUAUCAAACACCCACCUUGACAGUUCUCCUCUGUCUCUUGAUGUUAAGUGAAAAUACCGGCCUCUUUGACAUUCUAAACAGGUGUUGUUAGGCCAAAUAAAAAAUGUUUUCAGGCAAAUGUUUAUCACUACAGUCCUGGUCACAAGAUACAUCCUAGCUGAUUAGCAUCAUGUAGGCCCUACGUGCUAAAUCCGUGCGAGUCACACAUACAUGUAGCGUGCCAGUGGAUGCACUUGGUUCACAGUUAAAGGAAUUUAGGCCUACACCCCAACUCGUGGUGUAUCGCAAAGCCUGUUUGCACAACGGCCUAGAUAAUCUUUGUUCUACCGUUUGGCAUAUACCUGAAAUGGCCUCUUAUUUUUUAGUGUGAAAAUCACAUGGCAACUGUUGAGAUGGUUCCUUAAUUCCAGACCUUAGAUUCUAUUGACUCAUGCGAAAACCCCCAGUCUGCAGACGGUAUGCAGCAUGCAUUUUCUGCCCGCCGGAUGUACACAACGUACAACAAAAGACCUAUUGUCGGACAAACUUCAAGACACGAGUUGUGCUCCUAUGUGGACCACGGAAAAACAUUAGAAUAACUUUACAUACUGUAUAUUGUGAACACUUCAGGCAGUCAAUUUAGACAACGACUUCUUUUCAAUCUGUCACUUCAAAGCCACAAAUACAGAAAAUUGACGGACAUUACAUCACGUGAUUACAACUGCGGGAAAAGCACCGUCCCAUCCUCAAAUAAUUGGCAUUGCUGCCCUUUGCAGACAAAACCCUACAGAGAUAGGCUUAUCCUAUCAUAUACAAUACAUUAAGCACAACAAAACCUACAUCACUGUGCUCCUCUUCCGCUCUGAUUAUCAAUCGGGAGCUUAUAUUGCUGUCCUUUACAGAACCCCCCCCCCUAAACCCCCCUUGAUGGGACCCUAGUCCUUCCGACACGUCUCUAGUUAUCAGGUUAUGCAAACAUACUGUGGGACACUAAGUCCUUCCGACAAAAAACUCCCUAAUGAGACCUAUGCUAGCGUCCCAGAGACCAAUUACAAGGGAGCCGUGGCCAGGUUGUGACAAAUCGUAGAAGACAUUAUAUAGACACGACACUGUGAUAACCCUGUCGGUAUUUUAUGUAUCGAUAUAGCUCUAGUCGCUACAUGUCAAAAUUUAAGUUUAAAUUCCAGCUAUGUGACUGGUUUUGUUGCAAAAAGUUUAACGUGAGAUUUAUAUAGAAUUGUAUAAUAAUCGUGAUAAUGCACAUAUCAUUCAACAUGUAUUAGAA